AUUGAUAACAUUAAAAGCCUCGCUGUGGCAACAAACUCCAUUAUUUUACACACUCAGAUAAAGGACCAAAGAAUCCAGUGAGGUAUUGUUUAUUAUGUAUGGUUCUGGUUGACACCUGUGGGUGACGUGUGGCCUCAGGACACAAAGGUGUGGUCGUUGAGGAUUUCCCGCCCCCUGUUACAAACACUGAUAUUAUAUUAAUUUAUUCAUGUCAGGUAUUUUGGGUGAUUAAUCAAAACAACAGAUUUAACUUGUAUUGUUGCGGAAGAAACCUCAAUAGUAAACAAAUAGUAUAACAGAUCCCUUUUCGUUGAAGUACAGAGCCCUAAGGAGUGUAGUGCACUAUGUAGUGAUGCUGCCUUCUGCUGGAGCUCCCCCGCUCCGGUGGCCCGUGCAGAGAUGGCGAGGAAACCCCGUGGACACGGCACUGCUUUUUCAUGACGGUGUCAUGGAUGAUGAAGACGACCGACGUCUUCUGGAUUUUAUAGGAGAUGUGCAAGCAUUGAAUGAGUAUCUUCAUGGUUCAAAUAGUAAAUCUAUUGGAGAAGAUGAUGUGACUAAUGCAGCGUUUGGGUCGGCCAGUUCAUUCUUAACUAGUGACACGGGUGGCUCUAACGUUGGACUCAAAGAUGACCAAAAUAAUUUGGGAGAAUUUGGGGAGGCUGAUGGAGCUGAGCUUCAGCUCUCAAGCAGUCUUCCGUUCAUUGAGGAUGAUGACUUCGAAAGUGAAACCUCACAAGAUGAGGUCGAUCUUGGGGGCGAGGACCAACCUUUCGACAUCCUUCAGAAGUCAUUGUUGGAAGCAGAUAUUACAGAGCAGACAUUGGCUCAAGAAGCCCUUUUGGACUCCCAGCCCUCUCUCAUUCCCACAGCUUCCACUUUCCCUCAGCAGCUGGUCUCUGGAGGGUUUGGAGGUAUCGCAAGUCCUGGUGUGGUUGCACCAUUGGCACAACCUCAGGCUUUUAUCCAGCAGGUUCCCCAACUACCCUUGCCAAACGGCCCUGCUGGACACAUCCAGGUAGUGGGAUCCUUCAAUGGCAGUGCCUCCUCCAUGAUGACUAUCAACAGUUUGGAACAGCCUCAGUUCCUUUUGAGGCACAGCGGAAAUGUAGUGACAAACAACAGUGGGCAAGGUACUAUGUUCACCCCUUCUGCAGCUGGUCAGGUGUCAAUGUCCUUUAAUAAAGGCACGAUACCAGUUCAGAAUUUUAUCAUCCAGAGAGGCCCUAUGCAACAGACAUUGAUUAGAUCCAUUCAGCCUAAACCCUUACAGGCAGGGGGACAAACUGUAUACAAUAUCAGCAACAUCGGGUUUCAACCCAGCACCACAACUGCUGCGAAUAUUGUCAGUAACCCCUACACAGCCAGUGGCUCUCCUCAGUCUGCUCAACAGGUGAAAAUGGUCAAUCCAGCCAGCAGCAUUUUAAUGCAUUCACCUCUGGGACAGCAAGCGCAACAGCAGUCCCAGUCCAAUCUGCCUCAAGGGCAGUUUUUGCUACCCACUUCGGUUUCCCUCACCCCUGGUACGACUGUUCACAGCUUCCAGGCUGUUAAUGGGCAGGUGAUACAAACAAACACUCAAGUGGGCGACCCAUCGUCAAUGUGCACUACCACUUACUCCAUCCUCACCAAUCAGAACACAACAGUACAGCUUAUUGCUGGGCAGAAUUUUUCAACUGGAGGGCAGCUGAUAGUAAAUCAAGGUCAAAUAGGCCAAGCUUCACCAACACCUGGUGUGCAGGUGUCUCAAAGGCCUGGUGCCACGUCCAAGGUUUGGACUGCAUCACCUAGCCCAACCCCUGUACAAACGUCACAGGCUCUGGGCCACCUCACCAUGGUCAAUUCAGUCCAAGGCCCACAGGUUUGUCAACAGUUAUCCAUGACCCCUGGACAGCACCUCCUUAUGCCUGUGGCCCAGAACAUUACUUCUGGUGUUCAGGAGUUACAAAUUUCUUUAAACCAGGGCACCACAGCAGCAACACAAAGAGGGCAAACACAAUUAGUUAAUCUUCUUGGUACCAAAGCUGUGAACAUGCUCACUCCUGCCAGUCAGGAAUUGCCUUUUACACUGAAGCAACCUGCAACUCAACAACUUACUAGAGGAGAAAUGGUCCUCCAGCAGUUAAGACGAGAUCAUGAUAGAGUCAUGUCUUCAGAGCGGACCCACUUCACUUCAUUUAAUGAUGUCAUUGAGAGAUUACUGCCCUAUCAUGUUUUCCAAGGCUCACUACCACAAGAUGAAGAUUUUACCAAAGUUGAUGAGGAGUUUGAAGCAGUUGCCAUACAAGUGUUAAACAAAACACAGGCCAUGGUGAACAAAUACAGGCGCUUACUUAUGGUUGAGGCAGAGAGGUCCAGCCCUUCAUCAGAAACGGUGAUGAUUGACAGGACUUUUAAUCAAGAGGAACGGAGCAACUUGACCCAAGACAAACGAAUGGUAAUAGUGGAUCCAGAUGGCUUCAUGGAAGAUUUCUGCUGUGGCCCUAAACUGAAGAUCCCAAGUACAGAAGUUUUGACGCCCACCACCCCUGAGGGCAAUCCCAGCGUAAUGGAGACAUCCCCGAGGCAUUCCAUAAGUCACACCGGAAGAGAUGGGCAGGGUAUGGACAGCCACACAGAACCUGCUUAUAGGACAGAACUUCAACAACAAAGAAUGGAGGAACACAGAAGACCUCCAAUCAAGUGCAUCCUGGACCUAAAAAAAAAGAAAUUCAACAACCUAAUCAGCAGCAACAGUCAACAUGCCCACUACCCUACAUCUCCCAGCCAAUCACAGCAUAGCUCUACCCAAGGCCACCCUUCAAACCUGGGGCAGGGUCAUGAACAUCAACUUCCCUCAGAUCAUAGUCACACCCCAUUGGCUGACACUGACUCUGUGCUUGAGGCUGCCGUGAAUAGCAUCUUAGAAUGUUAGACAGUGCCAUAUUUAUGUUUGUUAGUUGUUCCAUGUCAAUCUCAUUCAUGCCAUUGGUGUGCUAGCUGAACAGACUUACAUUGGCAUUAUAGUGGGUUGUCGAGGAACAGGAAGGUGAAUCUGGUGAUGGUUAUACUCUAAUACUGUGCCUGUUGUUCUAGAGAAGUUUACAUAAGAAAGCCUUUUUGACAAUGCUUCGCAGGAUACACUUGCAACCACACACACACAUAAAUAUGUGCGCACAUACACACACAAUCAAGCAGUAAGUGUGAUGUUUGAAGUGUCAGGAGUAGAUAUUUGUAGCUUAUCAGUCAAUAUCAGACACUUAGAUUAAUGGUCAGUCCGCACUUAAGGUUUUAUGGUUGUCUCAACCUAUAUGUAUUGUGUGAUUGCAGUAGACAUCGACCAAGUGACACACACAAAGACAACUGCACGUUUAAUUGUUAUUGAGCAUCGGUUAUGCUCUUUUUAUCUUUUUUAGUUGAAUUUUUUUUGUACCUUACAGGUAUGUGACCCCUCCACAGAGAAAACUCACUUGUGUGGUUUUGUGCAGGGGAAAGUUAAGACCUCAGAUUGAGGGUACAAUGUUACAUUGUUUAUCUUUUUUUGUUUGUUUUAAUUCAUUUUUCUGGAAUGAUGCAUUAUCAUUAUUAUAAUCUUUUUUUGUCUUUUGUAAAAUCUGUGCUGCUCCCUGCCUGGAGAAAAUAUGUGCUGUUUUAUACCUCAAGAUAAUGUCUAAAUAACUCGCAUGGGCGAAUCUCGAAAAAACUUGUCAGUCACCUUUUGACCCAAAAUGAAAGGAAAUAAAAAUAAGUCAUAUUCUGCAAAAAGAAAUUAAAACUAUUUUAGGAUCGGUAAUAUAUUUUUCGCAACGUUGAUAUUUUUUCACGACAAUCAAAGCACAUUUUACCUCAAAUUUCUGAUUGCUAAAUUUACAUUAAAUUCAUUUUACAUAUAAAAAAAUAAUAAUAUAAAAAUCGUUUUUAGGUAUCGUUUAUAUUUAGUUUAAAUGCAUGCAAUAAAGGCUGUGCAACUGUUAUGUAUAAGUACAUUAUAAUCGAAAAGUAGUUUUUUUUUUCUCACAUUAACAUAUAUAUCGCUUCUUUAAUUAUAAUGAAAAUGUUUUGCAUUAAUGAAAAUUGGUUAUAUUAGUCAAGAAAUAAUGUCAGUGAUAAGAAAAAUCUCAGUGGUCCACAAAAGGCUUGAAUUCUCUGAGCAAAUGUAAUGUCUUGUUUCUUUCCUUUGAUUGAUUUGAGAUGUCUGUGAGAUUCACCCAGCUAGAUCUGCUUUGAAACUUUGCAUUUUCACCUGUGCAUCGAGUCCCCUGCUGGUCAGGAGGUAGUCUUGGUGGUCGGUUUGCAGGUUUUGCUUCUAGUGGCAGCUUCAUUUUUGCACAUUUGGAAAUGACCUUGUUCUUUACAGAUAGCCUUGCUCACAAUCCCUUUGUAGAUCUCUUCUCUCUUAUGAGUUCUAAAUUUGUGGAAGCAGCAGUAGUGCUGUCACUCACAGCAUAUCAGGUUUUCAUGCACUAUGGUUAUUCUAAUUAGUUGCGUUAGGAGAUGGCUGUUAACUGACAGGCCCACAUUUCAACAGCCAGUUUUGAGAAAUCAUUUCUGAAGAGGAGACUUUUAGCAUUCAGUUGUAUUUUGUAGGCUUGAAAAUAUACUAACGGUGCCAUUGCAAGGCUUGUGAGCUGUAACAAUGGGAAUACAACCGAGACAAUGUCAAAAACUGACCAGAGUAGAGAAACUGCAGUGUGCGGACAUUUUCACAAGUCUACGUUUCCAUUAGCAUCCAUUCCAGAGCAGAAGGGAAGGUUGCUUUUUUUCCAUCUAUUCAUGUCAUCCCAUUGUUUUUGCAUCAUUACACUAAACUCCACUGUCUUUCCCAGCAAAUCAACCAAAAAUGACACAGACAUACUCAUCUCUCUGAUCUGAACUCUUGUGGUCGGUAUUAGAGAGCAUUCCGAAUGACCUUCACUUCGAAGGGCUUCUUUGCCUUAGAGCGAGUGGAAACAAGUUCAAAUAUUCUAUCAUUCGUUUUUACUGCUUUUUGUUGUGCGAGUGUGGCCUUCAGUUAUCGGAAUACCCCAUUGGUAAAAGUUGCUUUUAACGUUUUAUUUACUGCAUCACCCGAAACUUGAUUUGUAAUGUUUGUAUUACAAAAAAUUAAAACACGAAACACAGAAUAUUUAUACUUUUUGUAAAGAAAAAGAAUGUAAAACAAAGUUAUUUUUAUUAUGUUAGGUAUGUGUUCACGUCAUACUGUAUGUGGUCAGUUGUUUUUGUGAGUGUUCAUUACAACAGCAAAGAUAAAUAUUAAAUUCAUUUUGAAUACAGAC